UCGUUCUUUAUAUGUCUUUCUGUCUUUUUUUAAUCACUUCCACCGGUCCAUCUCUGCUGGCCUCCUGCAUCCCCUAGAUGCUUAUCGCCUUCGUUUCUCAGAGUUUCUCAACAAUUUUUCGUUUUUCUUUCCGACUUGUGACCCAUUGGUCUCUCCUUUACUAGUCCUUGCUCUCUCAAAGUCUUACCCAUUUCCUUUCCGUCACCAGCUUUUCGUUACAAAGGGGGGAAAAGACACCAAUUACUCCUACUGUUCCUCUCGCCACUUUAUUCGGAAAGCUAUCGAUCCAUUAAGCACUCAGUGAUAAUCAGCACAAACUACGUCUAGCUCAGUGAUAUCCUCCAGAUUUAGCCGGAAUGCAGGCCCUUCGGGGACUCUGAUAUGGGUCGGUGUUGUUGCCGAGCUGUUACUGUGAUCUUGCCCACCAAUUAAAUGAUGAUAUUCUUGAAGAUUCUAGGGUUUUAUGCGUUUUCUGGUGGGUGGUUUAUUGUUUGUUGGGGUCUUUAAUGGUCCUGCCAUUGUGGGUUUUUACUUUUAUGUGAGGGGAGAUUUGGGUUUUGCAUGUUUUGCUCAGCUUCAAGCAAACUUCGAGAGGAGGACAUUUCUCCCAUUGUCGUUGGGUAGCUGAAACUUUGGCGAAGAUUUAGGGGUUUCUACUGAAACCCCAUCACCGUAAUCCGUACGGAGACCAGGUAUUUAGUUGCCUCCUGCUGAUAUAUCUUUGAUAUGUUAACUUUUGAUUAUUGGUCCAAAUAUAGGAAUUAUAAAAUAGUAAUUAGUGGGUUUCUUUUGACCGUUUAAAUCUUGAAGAAGAAGAUUUUUCUCAAGCGUGUAUUUUGCUUUCCUUUAAUUUCAAUUAUUGCUGGGGUUUAAUGUUUAUCAAUGGGGAUAUGACGAGGAAUCAGGGUUUCAAUUCCUUUGAGGAAUGAAAUAAUGGUUAAAAGAUUCCCCAAGUCUGUGAGAGCUUCUUUUACAAGGAUUCCAAAAGGGAAAUAAAGGUAUUCUGAGCUGAGGCCAUAAGGGGUUGCAACGGUUGAAACCUUCAAAGCUGCUUUUACUCCCCCCCCACCCUCCCUGAGAAUAUAAUGUUUCUUUGUACACUCCCCCCUACCCGUUGUUUCCAUUAAUUAGAGAAAGGCGUGCCCCGAAGUAAGAGAUUACAAGGCUGAGAGAUGAAUGCUUUUUAAGCUUCUUUGCACAGAUUGGCAUAUUUCCGUUAUUAUUCUUUGGAUCUGAGGGAUUAAAGAUAUUUUGGUGUUGACUCUCUGGGUACUCUCUGGGAUUAUACAAAGUCAAAAUUUUCAGUGGUAUUGAGCUGAAUUUGUCAAGUAUUCCAAAGCAUCGAUGGGGCUUCUUCUUCGAAGUCUCUCGAUGCUUAUUCUACUGAUGUGGUUCUUCUGGCUGCCGGCCCCCAGGGCUCAAUCUACUCCUGGGUCUUCAAGAAGCCCUGCACGUGCUCUGGAUGCGCGGCUCCAAGACUAUGCUUACAAGGCUUUUGUUCAUCCAAAGACCGGCAUUUCCUAUGAUGGGGUUGUUCCCGCAGAUUUAGCUGGGAUCGAGAUUGCAGCAAUGAGGCUCAGGAGUGGUAGCUUAUAUAGAAAAGGUGUUCCCAUGUACAAAGAGUUCAAGAUUCCCAUAGGAGUUACCACGAGCCCAUAUGUCCGGAGGCUUGUUUUGGUCUACCAAAACUUGGGCAAUCGGUCUGUGGAGUACUACGCAUUACGUGAUUACUCUUACUUGACUCCAGUGCUGGGUCUUCUUGCUUAUAAUGCUUCAAACUUGUCUGCUACAGAUUUACCAGAAUUGAAUAUUACAGCGACCGGUGAUUCCAUAUCGAUUAGUUUUGUGGAUGUGCAACCAGUCCCCGAUGGGGCUGUUGCAAAGUGUGUUUGGUUUGAUUUACAUGGUAACCCCAAUUUCAGCAAUGUGGCAUCAGGUAAUACGUGCCUCACAAUUCAACAGGGGCAUUUCUCUAUCGUGGUCAAUUCUACUGCUUUUCCUCCAACAUCGAUCUCUCCUACACCAAGUGCUGGUCCAAAAUCGAGUGGUGGAGGAAAGAAGAAUAAUUCCAAAGCCGGGAUAAUUGUGGGAUCUGUGCUGGGCGGAUUAGGGUUGUUGGUGGUAUUGACAUUCCUGGUUCUGUGGGCGCAGAAGUACAAGCAUGAGAAGAAAAUGCAACAGAUGGAGAGGGCUGCAGACGGAGGAGAAGCCCUGCAUAUGACCACGGUUGGGAAUACAAAAGCUCCUGCUGCAACAGUGACUCGAACACAACCAGUCCUCGAGAGUGAAUAUGCACCCUGACUCCCAAAGUUUGUACAAGCUUCCACUGUCAUCCAACUGCUAUUCAUAUUCAAGUUCAAUUCCUGUAUUCAGAAAUUCUUCCAAAUCACACCUUUUUUUGGUGGUGUCUCCCUUCGCUGCAUUGUUUCUCGUAGGCUGUUGCUUUUAGUGUGGUUAAUAUAGGAUUUUUGUGUAAUCGGUCUCACAAAGUCGUCCAUAGUUUUAUGAUUCAUUGUGGUGUGUAGCCCAAAGUGAUUUUAUAUGUGAUGAAUUUAGUUGUCCCAUUGACAAGGAAUAAAAAUUCUUAUGCCACCUUUCUUUUU